AUGUCUUCAAUGUCACCAUUGUUCAUUAUGUUUUUCACCACAAUAACCAUGGUUAUGACGGUCCAAAUGACCGAUGCCCUGGGCUUCGGCCCAACCCUCAACGCCGUCACCGGAUCGGUGGCUUGCUCUCUUAAUGGUAACUUCGGUGUUGGCAAUGCUAGUGUUCCACCUUUUCCUAAUGCGACGGUGCAUUUUGUCUGUGGAUCAGGAAGUGUAGGAUGUGUGUUGGACAUCACCACGACAAACAGUUCGGGGUCGUUCUCAAUAAUUAUGGACCAGUUCACUAACUUCGUGCUCGGAGAUUGCAGAAUCGAGGUGCGGACUCCUCUCUCCUCAUGCAACGCGUCGCUCCCCUCAACCGGCUACUUAUACUCCCACGUCCGAAAAAUUGGACCCAAUAUCGUCAACGGUAUCUUAAACGUCACCAAUCAAUUUGAGUUUAUUCGACGAUAG